CAAACUCCAUCACUUCACCCGAAAUCUUUUUCCUAAAAAGAAAAAAAGAAUCGAACUUACCAAACAGGCCUUACCCACACAGUACAGUCUACACUAGACUAGAGUCAUUGUUAUUGAUUCGUCGGGAAUGAUAGGUUGCAGGUCUCUCAUCAGAGUGGACCGAGUUCUCAAGUUUACCAAUUCAUAUGUUGCAUCAAGGUCUACACGUUAUUACUUUCAGGGGCAGAGCGCUUAUCAUUCUUUAAGCUACAAUUUUAUAAUGAGUGGUAGAAAGAAGAAAAUAUGUCUCGACGACCAUAGCAAGAAACAGAAAAAUACGAAUUUUAUCUGGAGACCAGUUGCCACUAAUGCCAGUUCUUGUGAAGAAAGCUUGACUAAGGAUGCAAUUCUUGAAUCAGAGGAUGGAGGCAAAGUUCAAGAAACGGGCUGUAGCACUAUUUCAAAUGACUAUCUCAUGAAGGUAGCUGCUGACACUAUGAAUGAAAUUGCUAAAUCAGCUACUAGUGCAAGCCAGUUGCAGGAGAAUGUUGAAAACAGAGUGUUAGAAGGAGAUUCAUCUGUCUCCCCUGAAAAGCAUUCAGUUUCUAUGCAGGUUGGUGCUUCUCUAUUUCGUUUUGUUAAAGGAAAAGGGGGAUCCACACAGAAAAUGAUAGAAGAGGAGAUGGGGGUUAAAAUCAUAAUACCUACUUCAAAAGAAGAGGAUUUUGUUACAAUUGAAGGCAUGUCAAUCAAAAGCGUGAAUUCAGCUUCAGAGAAGAUACAGGCUAUAAUUGAUGAGACAGUUAAGAGUCGAAAUCUUGAUUAUUCUCACUUCAUAUCCCUUCCAUUGGCCAUUCAUCCAGAGUUAGUUAAUAAACUCAUCAAUUUUCAAAACUCGGUUUUGGGAAAUGGUUCUUCCAUGGAUGAGAAUACUGAUACUGAUUCCAAUGAGGAUGAAGAUACUACUGACAACAAAGAAGAGGAUCAAUUGUCAAAGGAAAAGGCUGAUGUUGCAGUUGAACUAAAAGUUGAUGAUAACAGUGAAAUGGUUAAAGUUAAUCUUUCUAACAUACCUAUUGUCAGUUACACGCCUAAAGCAUCCAAGUCGUCUUCUCCAUCUGACCUGGGUAUUGACAAAUCUAUAUUCAUCAAGCCUAAAACAUUUCACCUUACGGUACUCAUGCUUAAGCUGUGGAACAAAGACCGAGUUAAAACAGCCACUGAGGUCUUACAGAGUAUCUCCUCAAAAGUUUUGGAAGCCUUGGAUAAUCAGCCUGUCUCCAUAAGAUUGAAGGGACUGGAAUGCAUGAAAGGUUCUUUGGCAAAAGCCCGUGUUCUGUAUGCUCCUGUGGAAGAAAUUGGCAGUGAGGGCCGUCUUAUGCGGGCCUGUCCUUUUUUAGAGGUCAUUAUUGAUGCAUAUGUUGAAGCUGGACUUGUCUUGGAGAAUGAUGCUAAACAGAGUCUAAAGUUACAUGCCACCGUGAUGAACUCAAGGCAUAGGAAAAGGAAGAAGCGGACAAGAAAGGUUGAUUCCUUUGAUGCAAGGGGCAUAUUCAAGCAGUAUGGUUCAGAGGACUGGGGGCAGUAUCUUAUUCGUGAAGCUCAUCUUUCGCAGAGAUUUUCUUUUGACGAAAAUGGAUACUAUCAUUGUUGUGCUUCAAUACCUUUUCCUGAAAAUAUGCUGGAGGAAUGAUUGAUGUCUGACUUUCUUCUGUGUUGAAUAAGUAGCCAGCAAGGACAAGGAAUGAGUAGUUGUUGACAUCUGCAACAUCCAAACUGAACUUCCCAUAUUCUCGGUCCAAACAGAACAAAAUGCGAUUCAAAUGUGUGUUUAAAUUAAUCUCAAUUAUUGAUUUUACUUAGAAAUGUGUCAUAAGUGUAACAAAAUUGAUUCUCGUAGUCUUUCAAACAUGAAUAUAUUUGUAGGAGUGUCCUUUAAUCAUUAAAAGAAUAAAAAGAACACUUUCAUAUCUCGA